AGGAAAUUUACCAGGAAAUAGGAAGUAUCCUCAGCUGAUGAUACAUCAUAUAUAAACAGCAUGCAAGUUGAGUUGAUAGGCAUGGAUAAUCAUAACCUCCACAAUAUAAACAUUCCCGGCGCCACUUAUGGAGCUGAAGCGCCGGACACUCCGGUGAGUGAGUACACCGUCCCUGAGAGGAACUUCGAAGUGUCUGAUUUCUUCGAGCUCGAUGAGUGGAUUGAUGAAGAUCCAGCAUUUGUUGUGCCUGGUUAUCCUCAGAAUCCCGGUUAUGCAGCAAAUGAAGCUGUAAACUCCAGUGGAAUCAGUAGUGGCUAUCAUGAAGGAGAUAGUAGCAGUGGAGGAAGUGGCAGGGAGAAGACAGAAUUGAAAGAGAAGGUUGCUUUCAAAACGAAGUCAGAGAUUGAGAUACUAGAUGAUGGCUUCAAGUGGAGGAAGUAUGGAAAAAAGAUGGUGAAAAACAGCCCAAAUCCAAGGAACUAUUACAAGUGUUCAGUUGAAGGCUGUCCGGUGAAGAAGAGAGUCGAAAGAGACAAAGAGGAUCCGAGGUAUGUAGUAACGACGUACGAGGGCAUCCAUAUCCACCAAGGCCCGCAGAACUAGUGGAAAUUUCUGAAAUAACAUCACUGUUUUACAAUUAUAGUU